UCUCUUUCGCCACAGGUCCAGAACAGUAUCCGGUUGCCGCUGGCCGGCCUGGCCCCUCCCCGCGUGUUGAUGUGCAGUGCCUCGAUGGGCGCGGAAGGAUCGGUCACGCUACAGCUGCGCGAAGCCGUCCCGGCACCGGAUGCGACCGGUUCGCUCGAUGGCGCCCUCACGAUCGGCUAUCCGGACUCGGAGAUGCUGGCCGACAUGCUCGGCACCUUCCAGGGUGCCUCGACUGGCGGGGCCGACUCCGACGGUGGCAGCUUUGACCUGCUCCAGGACACGGGCCGGACGGCGGCCGAACAGAUCGAGCACAUCCUCACGAAAUCCACCGCUUCCAGCUCGUCCUCGCUAGGUAAGAGGCGAUGAACAUCUAGCCGUACGGUGAAGGCGGCGAGGGGCACGAAAGCAGCCACGGAGAAAGCGAAUGCAAUCACCAACCGCCUGAGCAGCUCGUCCAGCACCAGCUCGUCGCCUUCGUCAUCGUCGUCGUCGUUGUCGGGCGUUCUGCAUCACGGCACCACGAUGGUGACCGUGAAAAGUGCCGCCAGUGGCAGCAGCCCCAGCGCCAGCAUUGCCGCGGCCAGCCCCACCGCCUCCACCACCAGCCUUGUCCUGACGGCCGUCGGUCGCAGCGAGACGAUUUCGCCGGCGAUGGCUUCCGGCAACAGCUCGGCGGCCUCGUCACCGUCGGCCGCCUCCUCGCCCGGCGGGCUGGCGAAGAAACCCCGGCCCAAGACGGUCUCACCGACCCGGCACGGGCCGCAGCAGUGUCAGGUCUGCAGCAAAGUGUUCGGGAACGCGUCCGCCCUGGCCAAGCACAAGCUGACGCACAGCGACGAGCGGAAGUACGUGUGCGGCAUGUGCUCGAAGGCGUUCAAGCGGCAGGAUCACCUCAACGGCCACAUGCUGACGCACCGCAACAAAAAGCCGUACGAGUGCAAGGCGGACGGAUGCGGCAAGUCGUACUGCGAUGCGCGAUCCCUGCGGCGUCACACGGAAAAUCAUCACACGGCGCUCGGCCUGGCGGGUGGCGCUUCCGGCACGGCCAGCCCCGGCCCCGGCGGAGGCAGCAAUGCCGGGCCACCCGGGGGGCUCAGUCUGUCCCCGGCGACGGCUAGUGGUGACGCUAGCUCUCCGCACGGCGCCACGCUCGUGCAGUUCAGUGCCAACGGAAGCAGCGGAACGACCGGUUCCGGUAGCUCCAGCAACAGCAAUUGCAGCCUUUCAAGUAGUUCGAGCAGUAGCAGCUCAAGCAGUAGUAGCAGCAGCAGUAGUAGCAGCAGCAGCAGCAGCAGCAGUAGUAGUAGUGGCAACGUGAGCGACUCCAACUCCAGCUGCAAGUCACCAUCGCCAAGCUCGCCGGCGCCCGGUUCCGGCAACGAGGGUCUCACCCGUCAGCAGCUCGAUCUCAUCUCGCAGAUCAUGCAGCAGACGAAGCAAGCGAACGCGGCCGCCGCCGCCGCCGCUGCCGCCGCUGCCUCCUCGUCCUCCUCCUCCAGCUCGAGCAACGCUUCCAACAACACCGCGUCAUCCAACACCAACGCUUCGGGUACCGGAGUUGGUGGCCAGAAAGUUCCGCUUCGUCCGCGGACCUGGAACAUGCAGCUGCAACUCAGCCAGAACAAGCUGUCCGCAACCGCAACGUCGUCGACGACGACGACGGCGACGCUGGUGAGCGCCGUCCCGAGCGUGUCCUCGCUAGCAGCCGCAUCGACGGUUGCGUCAUCGUCCCUCACCAGCACCCUCGUGUCCACCACCACCACCGCCAACAGCAGCACCAACACCAAGGUGCCAAACGCUGGCAGCGCAAGUGCCGAUCCUAAUGGACCACUCACGGCGCCGUCGGGCUCGGUGUCGUCCACAACUGCGUCCGGUGCGGUCGGUGCGGUUUCGACGGCCAACUCUGCCACGGCAACCACCACACUCACCACCGCCACCACCACUACCACCACCACCAGCCAACCCCAGCAAUCGGCAACCGGCAGCAACAACAGCAACAACAACAAGCUCGAGCAGAAACCGGUCGAGUGCAAUCUGUGUCACCGCAAGUUCAAAAAUAUUCCCGCCCUCAACGGGCACAUGCGGCUGCACGGGGGCUACUUCAAGAAGGACUCGGAGGCGAAGAAAUGUGAUAAGAAGGAGAACACCGGGCCACCGCUGCAGACAGCCAGCGUUGGCGUGCGGGCGCUGAUCGAGGAGAAGAUCAUCAACAAGCGAAGCAAGGACCUGAAGAAUCUAUUGUUGAAGGGUUCGUUCGUGGUGCCGGCGCCGCCCCUGACCGCCCGCCGGCUGAUCGAGGCCAGCGAAGCAUUCCUCUCGCCGAAGCCGGGCACGGUAGCGAUCGUCUCGACGCAGAACGGCACCACGCAGAUCAUCAACACCGGGACGCUCCACUCGAAGGCAACCAUCCUGACGGCGAGUAAUGCGGCCAGCACCAGCGCACCACCCGCGAUCACGAUCAACGGGCUGACGACGACGACGGCCGCCGGUACGAUCAUGGCCACGGGCAUCCCGCCCGGGACGGAGCUAAAGGAUGCCACGUUGAUCGAGCUGCUGAAGCGCGGCACGAAGGUGGCGGUGAAGCGAGCAGCAACGCCGAUACUCAACCAACAGCAGCAGUCGGUUGCGUCGUCCAUUACGACCACGACCUCGAGCUCUUCGGGAGCCGGGAACCUUAUCAGCACCGGUUCGCGAUCGGUUGUGCUACCCGGGACGACGAAGCUAACGACGACAUCCUCGAGUGGUCUGAUGAGCUCGACAGCGGACAGUGGUCCACUUUCGCUGACGAUCUCCCAGGCCACGGGAGGUAGUACAGCUGGGGACGUGUUCACACUGGCCUACUCCACCGACACCGGUGGAGGGACGACCUUCUUCAGCGAUAACGACGUCUACAGCGUGAGUGAAACGGCAAUGCUCCUGCAAGCCGUCGAUUCCAUCCAGCUAUUGCAGGACUCCAACUCCGCCGAACCGCUGGACGAAAUCGCCCUCUCGGACUACAGCUCCAUCACCGACCAGGGUUUUACGCCGUCGCGCCAGAUUCAGGCCGUGCUCGAUUCUCCGCUACCCGAGAGUCUCGCCGAGUUCGGGGCUCUCAACUCCAAAGACUUCGUCCUGUACGGGAGCUCGCAGCCGUCGUCCGUUAGUAACGGACCGUCGGGCAACUCCACCGGCGCCGGCACUAACCUGCUCGAGUCACCGUCGGGUGCGCACCUAUCUCCGCUUCCCUCACCAUUGGCCUACCCAACGCCACCGGCUUCGCAUGAGGCGGUGGCCCAGGCAUCGCCUUUCCUAGACGACUCGCGCCACUUCACCGAUGCGGGUUCGUUCUUCGACGACAAGCGUGGUCAGAACUUCCUCGACGAUGGGUUCUUCAAGAGCGAGCCCAAGGGCGAUGAACACGGUGCGGGACCGGGAGCGGGUAAGCUUACCGACAGCGAGAAGAUACUGGCGCUGAAGAACGAGCUGCUUGACCAUGAGCACCACGAUCUGUUCCGGUCGAACAAGAACCUGUUGGACGAGCACUGCUCGGAGCUGUUCAAGUCGGAGGAUAGCUUUUUCGCCGAAUCGAAACCGUCGCCGGUCGACGGGACGUCCAAGAUGAACCUGGACUUCCUCGACGACGCGCAGGUGUUCAUCGAGGAGACACGGAACGCUGCCUCGCCGCUCUCGAAUGCGUUCUUCUCCGCCACCAUGCACGCCGCAUCCGCCGAGGAGGUGAAGGAGGCGCUCGAGGUGGUACUACCGCACGACGAUGACAUCGGCGUGUCCGAGGGUGACAUCGACCUCUACUACCUGAACGGCCUUUCCUCGCUGCAGUCGCAGAUGAUGCCCAACUCGGACGAUCCGCUGCUGUCGUCCUCGCCGAAAGACUUCGCCCACCGUCAGCAUCAGAAGUUCCUGUUCGAGCAGAGCCAGCAGCAAGCGCUGCAACACCAUCAGCACCAGCAGCAACAAAUCCAGCAGCAACACCUUCGACAGCAGCAACAGCAGCAGCAGAAUCAUUCAUCCACGCACAAUCAUCCACUGCAGCAGCAAGUGGCCGCCGCCAACAACUGUAUGCCACCUAGUGCCAAAAAGUCGAAACCUUGCGUCGGCGACUCCGGGACGAUCCUCGCCGGUGACUCGAGCAAGGUCCCACUCACCGUACAAACCGAACCGAUGUCCAAGGGCACGGACAGUGUGUUCCUCAGCCCGAGCAGCCUGUCGUCGCACAGCUCUUCGUCGUCGUCGUCGUCCUCGAUGGCGACUUCCGCCGCUUCGCCCAAGCUCCAGCACGCCCUCCUAGGAGGCGGUGGAGGAAGUAUCAUGUGGCCUCGCAAGCGAUCCCAGACAUCCACCGGAGGCAACGGGCUGAGCCACCCGAUGGGGCAACGUAAGCCAACCGUCUACCUGUCCAAGCUGCGCCGUUCGACCACGACGUCCCUCCCGGCCGUUCACUACACGCCUUCGCCUAUGCUGAACCCGGAACGAACCGGUUCCACCGGGCUGUACGCAAACGUGGUGCAUAAUCGCGCGUCCGGCCUGGACACCGAUCUCGACAGUACGAUGGACAGCACGAGCGACAUCUUCUCCGAGCCGCCCCUGCCUAUACGGCCCCGGAUCAACCUCGGUCCGGACUAUCAGGCAACGCUGCCCGACUGCACGCGUCCCAGUGUCUACAGUGCGCUGCAGGGGUACUCCGCAAACCCGACGCAACUGUGGGAUCCUGCGGUCGCACACAACGAGCGCCAGGUACAGCGUUUCAUCGAACUGGCGCGAUCUUCGGCCGCCCCCCUCGGUUGCCACUCGGAGGAGAACGCCCUCCAGGCGCUGCUGGAAGCGAACGGCGAGAUUCACGUCGCCAUCCUGAGCAUGCUGCAAGCGCCACCGGCAAGCAUCCAUCGCCGCUGGACCGCCGGUGAAAUCGAGCAAUUCAUCCAGGGUCUCGAGAGCUACGGCAAGGACUUCCAUCGGAUCGCCCGCGAGCUCCUGCCCGCCAAGUCGACGGCCGACUGCGUCCAGAUGUACUACUUCUGGAAGAAGCUCUGCAUCGACUACAAACAUUCGCACGGCGGCGCGCACCGGCUCGUGGACGGGCUGGUGGCGUCCAAGUUCGCCGGUUCAUCAUCGCCGUCCCCACCACCGACUGCCCCUGCACCACCUCCACCACCACCACCGGUGGAAGACCUGUUGAUGGACCAUCUGGACUAUACAAGUACCACGAUCGGCUCGGCGAAGGGUCACCACUCGACUCAGUCGACGGCUUCGACGCACGGAAGUGCUCAUCAGCCUUCCGGUAACGCACACAAUGCGCCCAGCGAUGUCCGACCGCACGUAUGCGAGGUUCCUGACUGUUCAGCGAGCUUCUCGUCGAAAGCGGCCCUUCACGGUCACAUCCGCAUUCACUGUAUCGGACGUAGCCACAGCGCAAUUCAAAAUGGUAAUUUCUUGAGUGCCGCCGGUAACCCCAUUAACCCUAACCUCAUACCGACAAAGGAUGACUAUCCCUGCAAGGUGUGCGGCAAGGUUUUCAAUAAGGUAAAAAGCCGAAGCGCCCACAUGAAGUCACACCGGCCCCAGGAUGCAAGCGAUCAACUGCAACACCAGCUGCAACUGCACCAGCAGCAGCUGCAGCAACGCCAGCAAGAUAGCGAAAAACAAGGCACCACCGGCGACCAGCAGCCAUCCAAAUAA